GGGUAUUAAUGUCUUCCUAAAUGAUAUAAAUUUAGGUGCAAAUUGGGAAGUCAGUCAUAUUGAUUCAAGUAUCUCAAAUACAAAACAUCAUGAAAUCUGUGUACAUCACAUUGGCUUUUUUGGCUGUAGCAUAUGGCGCUACUACACCAUUGAAGGAUGCACCUUUGAUACCUAUUCUCAAACAAGACGCCGAGGUUAACUUUGAUGGAAGUUACCACACUUCCUUCGAAUCAGCUAAUGGUAUCGUUGCUGAAGAACACGGAGUUUUGAAAAAUGCCGGUGACGAAAAGAAUCAAGCCGAAGAAGUAGUCGGUUCCGUUUCCUACACAUCACCUGAAGGAAUCCCCAUCGUACUCAAAUAUAUCGCUAAUGAAAACGGAUUCUCAGCUGAAGGUUCCCAUUUGCCACAGCCACCAGUAGAUACAAACACUCCACCAGCCAUCCCAUUGGCAAUUCUUCGUUCUUUGGAAUGGAACGCCGCACACCCUGAACAAGAAAAAAGCAAAUCCGCCUAAAUGUUUCAACAUUCACUGACUGAAUUUUUAUAAUGAAAUAAAUAGAAACUAUCAAAAAUAACA